GAACAAAUAUCAUAAAAAUGGCCAUAACCAUGAGAACUUUAGUGGCAUUUGUUUUCACUAUCUUUUUCAUCAUAUCUUUUGUUCACAGUCGUACAACAACUUCAGGUUAUGGAAUGUUAUUUGACUCCGUGGCUUGCGAGGGAGGAUUUGAAUAUUGUCCUCGUGGUGGUGGGAACGACAAGUGCACUACCUUUUGUAGAAGCUUGCCAAACAAAUAUGAUUUUGGCGUAUGUGAUAAGAUCUACGCAUGUUGCUGUCAUAUAAAUGUUUAAAAGAUAAAUAUGUGUCCAAGAUGAAUUAAUCUAAUCAAAUGUAUCGGUAUUUCCUUCAAUAAUAAACAUGCAAAAGUUUUAAGACUUAAUAUAUAUUCGUCUG